AUACUCUAUUUUCUCUCUGUAAAUUGAGAAAAAGCGUAGAGAAAUUAUCCAAAAUUCGAAAACCCCAGAUCUCUCUUCUCCCUUUUCCCCUCUCAAAUCAGCUUCGCUUUCCGGUUUAGAAUCGUGAUUUAAGUCAAUCUCAGCCGCCGGGAAAACGCUCUGACGCCGUCGGAAUACGCCAUAUAAUCAAUUAUCCGGCGGAUAGAUCGGCGAUACGUUCAGAAAUGAGCAACGGAGACCUCCUUCAAAUCGAUCCCGUCGAACUUCAAUUCGCAUUCGAAUUGAAGAAGCAGAUCUCAUGUUCCAUGCAGUUGACCAACAAAUCGGACGAUACCGUUGCGUUCAAGGUGAAAACUACCAAUCCAAAGAAGUAUUGCGUGAGGCCGAACACUGGAGUCGUGGUUCCUCACUCCUCGUGUGAUGUUAUAGUGACAAUGCAAGCCCAAAAGGAGGCUCCACCGGAUUUGCAAUGCAGGGACAAAUUUCUCCUCCAGAGCGUAGUUGUAACCCCUGGAAUUGCUGCAAAGGAUAUUACUGCUGAAAUGUUCAACAAAGAAUCGGGGAAUCAAGUUGAUGAAUGCAAGUUGAGAGUUACCUAUGUACCACCACCACAACCACCUUCACCGGUGCGAGAGGGAUCAGAGGAAGGCUCCUCGCCCAGGGCCUCUGUUUCAGACAAUGGGACUGUAAAUCAGACUUUUGAUUUCAACAUUAUGUCGAAAGGAUUUGUUGAGCCACAGGAAAGCACCCCCGAGGUUAAGGCCCUGAUUUCUAGGCUGGCUGAGGAGAAACGUUCUGCUAUUCAGCAAAAUAACAAGCUUCAGGGAGAACUGGAAUUGUUGAGGCGUCAAAGCAACAGAAGCAGUGGGGGAAUCCCGUUCAUGUACGUUAUCGUCGUUGGCUUGAUAGGCAUCCUAUUGGGGUAUCUCUUGAAGAGAACAUGAUCGGUUGCUCUCGAUUUUAGAAAAAAAAUCUCUUUCAAAGUUUACGACUUUCUAAAAGAAAAUUUGUCGGUGAUGAGAGAGCGAGCUUUUAUAUUCAGUUUAGCUGUUUUGAUUGACUGUAGAAAAAACGUGCCUAAAAUGGGUUUGCUGGUGUCCUUUUUUUUUUUUUUUUUUUUUUUUUUGUUGUAAUUUGCUCAAAAUGCAUUCAUUGUGUGACUAAUUGCUUAACAUACUUUACUUCUGUAACUUAAGGUUAUAAUUUACCGAAAUCUCAUGUAUUGGUUUUAUUUUCAGUUUA